AUGCAAAUCGCCUAUUCCAGCGGUUUCACAGCUCUAUCUUUCUUCGUUCCCAUCGCCGUGCUCCUUGCAGCUUUCGUUGCCGUCGGUACCAAUAAUACUGUUUCUUGGUGGCGGGUGGCUAUUGGAGGUGUACUCGCUGGUGCUGCCAUUUGUGGAAUGCAUUAUCUUGGAAACAACUCUAUUGACAACUACAUCUGCAUAUACAACCCGAUCAACGUCGUUGGCGCAGCUCUCAUUGCCGUCGCUGCCAGCAUCGUGGCACUUGCUCUCUUCUUCGUGUUCAGAGCGGCAUGGACCAAUUCGUGGUGGAAGCGUGCUGCGUGCUCGGUGGUUUUAGCAGGCGCGGUCUCGGGCAUGCAUUGGUGUGCUGCCACUGGCACUGAGUACCAACUUGUUCGCCUCAAUAUUGGCAGCAAUGAACUUUCUCGUAACACUACGGUUAUAGUUGUUAUUUGUUUGUCCAUCGGCGCCUGCUUCGUCAUGGGUGGAACGGCCAUAUAUACCGCUAGGAUCAUGAGGCGUUAUGCCAGCAAAGCUCAACAGGUGGUUCUGGCAGCAGCUGUGUUUGACAAACAUGGCCGAAUCCUUGUUAACCCUGACGGACUGAUCCCCACCGAAAAGAUCACCGAUACCUUCCUAGAGAAGAAUGCUAGCGACAAUUUUAGCAUUUCACAUCCCCUUUUUCUUUGGAUGUUUCAGGCGUCAAGAAACUGGUCAGGAAUCUCGACACUAAUCGGCGGAAUGGCCAAUCACCUGGCUCAUCUUCCUCGCCAGGGCCGGGACCGUGAUUCUCGAGCCGGCAUUCAAUUGAUCAAUGAACACGGAGAGCUGAUUGACAACUACGACGCGAUUUUCCGCGAACUCUUUUGCGUCGCUGCUGCCGGUCUUGCUGAAAAGAUGAAAGAGCACCUGACGUCAGUUGGCCUACUCUGGGAUGAAAUUCUGCCAACAGGCGCAGGUGGAGAGCGUCCAGGACGAGAGGUUAACAGGAUCCAAGAAGUUGACACAGUCUUAAAUUCCGACGGGACCAUACGUAAACUCGAAAUCGCUGCUACUACCGAUGAUUUUGCCGAGAAGGGGAUUAGCCGUCGUAAGCCUCACGAGUUUGGCCGUGGGUCGCUCAUGUUUUUGGUGCGCCGAGUUCAGACCGAUCGUGAUAUUGAAAGACUUGAGGCCGCAGGUUACCGCUUCGCGGAACUGCGUCAGGUCAGCAACAUCAUUGGCUCCAGCAUGCAAAUUAAGUCGCCGGACCUUGAAUCGAAACUUCGGAACAUGGCUGCGUACGCCGACGACAAUAACCAACUAGAACCUGGCGUCCACAUGAGCUUCUUUGGCAUCCGCGCUCGCGUUGGCGGCUACGGAUUCGAUGUGUUGGUUCGCCGAGGUGCCCGGAACUUGCUCCCCAGCGUUCAGAUGCCCAUUGACCGUAUUCAACCCUGGCAUGGGGACUUGCUUCGGCAGCUUAAUCACUUGACUACGCUUGGCGUCAGCAGACGGCUAGCUUCUUUGAGCAACUUGAGUACCCGGGAAAUGCUCUUUGCUUCGCAGCUUACCGACGGCAUUGAUGCUCUGCGGACAUGGGUUGACGAUCCAGUCUUCGAUGAAGCUAUCUUGACAAGCACCGUCGUCACCCUCCCACAGAACCAGGCCGCAGGUGAGGGAUCACCAUCCCAGCCAACAAGCCUGAUCACUUUCCGCCUAGUGAUUCCCAUUCACGUCAUUGUUUCCAGCAGCAGAUGCGAAUUUGUCCCGUUGAACUUCUUUAAGGUUCAUCAGCUUGUCGGGCGUGAUGCAUCCCGGCAUCUUGCCUUCACUCAAUCAGUCCACCGCGAACUGGCACCUGUCAUCCAAUCUGUCCCGCUAGAGAAGCCCAAGCCUGCGAUGCAAAACAAGGGACAGUCUCGUCUCCCAUCCCGUCUCCGUAGGCUCGGUCGGGUUGGGCCAUCUUAUCCGGUGGAUUCUGAAGGAAACCCAAUUCCUACCGUACUGGGACGAUCUUCCUCAGCCACAAACUCGAAUGAGUCCAGCUCAACCCUUAAGCUCUGGCCAGGACGUCGUAGCAGUGACGCUUUAUCGCCGGGGAGUUCAACUCUCGACGCGCCGCUGGCAUAUCCGGCUCAUGAAGCGUCAACGCAGGCCUCGCCCUUUGGCGGUAUCAUGGUCUCGGAGGAAAUUCGAGUUGAAGUGCACACUGCCAGUGAUUCCGCCCAGGCAACUUCUCAAGAUGCGAGCAAAACAACCCAUCGAACGCCAGUCUUAGUAGGCAAAGGGGAAAGCGAUAGUUCUAAUCGUAGUCCCGACGGAGUCGCAUGCGAACAAACCAUGUCCCCAACGGACGAGGUGCGAGGCAACGGCCCAAGUGGUGCAGGCAUCGAGAUGCGAACGCUACAGGCAGCUGAAGUCAGAACCAAGGUUCAUGCUGGCGGUGGCAUUCAAAUCUCCAACGUUGAGGCAGAGAGGGUGAACGAUGUUCAAACAUUUGUGGAUGAGCUUUUUACCAUCUGCAUCGAAAGCCGUUGA